UGCGCAGGGGGCAGCUGUGGGGUGUUAUCAGCCGUGUGCGCAGCAACAAUCCUGUCCUGCCGGCCAUUGAGGCGUGGAGGAUGGCGGGAGGAGUGCUGGAUAAGGAGCUGCUGCUGUGGGCCAUCCGUCGCUGCCAGCCAUACGCUUACCGAGCAAAAGCAGCAGAGCUCUCUCAAUGGCUUAUUUCCUCUUCGGGCUUUCCCCUCACCUACCUUGACUACCAACUCGCCCUAGCCUGUGCUGCGCGGUGCAAUGCGGUGGGGACCGUUCGAGAGAUGUUCCUCUCCUUUCCUGAGGAGUUUCGCAAAGAAAAG